CUAUCACUCUAUGUUAAUUAGGUUAAUUAUGGCUUUUAAAAAAUUUCCACCUGCCUAUGUAUGUUUGUCUAGGGGGGAAUAGAGGAGAGGAAAUAGCCUUAAUGCAGGCCUCUGAGCAAGAAGAGCUCUGCUGAGCACCCCAACUGCUAGGUGAGCUAGAAGUGCUCCUGGGUCACUGCAUGUUAUGAUAGGUGAUAGUUAUCAGACAGCUAAGAGAAAAAUGAAGUGUCAACUUUAAAAUUGCUUUUUGUUUGGAAUAAGCCACAAACCAGGCAAUUCAAGUAUGAAGGAAGAAAGAGAAAGAACUAAGGUUAUUGAGGAGCAGCCGCUGAUCUACUUUGCAGGAUCCUCGGUCUUCCACAAUGAACCCUGUUUAUAGCCCCAUGCAGCCUGGGGCUCCUUAUGGCAACCCUAAAAACAUGGCUUACACAGGUUACCCCACAGCCUAUCCAGCAGCGGCCCCUGCGUACAAUCCCAGCCUAUACCCCACUAAUAGCCCCAGCUACGCUCCAGAGUUUCAGUUCCUGCAUUCAGCUUAUGCAACUCUGCUGAUGAAACAGGCCUGGCCACAGAACUCGUCUUCCUGUGGCACUGAAGGCACCUUCCACCUCCCAGUGGACACCGGGACCGAGAACCGAACUUACCAAGCAUCCUCUGCGGCUUUCAGAUAUACUGCGGGGACACCAUACAAGGUCCCACCGACCCAGAGUAAUACUGCUCCUCCCCCCUACUCCCCGUCACCCAACCCUUAUCAGACGGCCAUGUAUCCAAUCAGAAGUGCCUACCCCCAGCAGAAUCUGUAUGCCCAGGGAGCCUACUACACGCAGCCAGUGUACGCCGCCCAGCCCCACGUCAUCCACCACACCACGGUCGUCCAGCCCAACAGCAUUCCCUCCGCCAUCUACCCGGCACCUGUCGCCGCCCCCAGGACCAACGGCGUGGCCAUGGGCAUGGUGGCCGGCACUACCAUGGCGAUGUCAGCAGGGACCCUGCUGACUGCACCCCAGCACACUGCGAUUGGGGCACACCCUGUCUCCAUGCCAACGUACAGGGCCCAGGGGACCCCUGCCUACAGCUAUGUGCCACCGCACUGGUAAAGCCUGCAGCCCAUCCAAAUCUGGAGUCACACAUUGUAUGCAACUACUCAAGUCUUACACAGGUGCUGGAGCAGUUCCCUAGCAGCAGCACCUCUAUUUGCAAGAAGAGACAACGGAAGUGCAAGGGUCACUUUAUGCAUCUUUAACGGUUUUGAUUUUUAUUUUUGAUUUUUGUAAAAGCUGCUUUUUUUAAUCUCCUGCCUCUCCCCACUUUCCUCCUCUUAGCCACUGCCCUUCCAGCUCUUCUCCUCCUCCUACCUGACCAGGCACUUCCUCUCUGCUCUUCUUCCCUUCCCCCAGCAUCCAUUCCCCAGGGAUCCCAGUCUAGUGGCAAAUAGAGAGGGGGGGUUUAUUGCAGUGGUUCAGUUGAAGGCGCUGUUUCCUUUGGAGAGUGUGACAUACGUAGCUCUUGGGUCCAGGGUGGGAACUCAGAGCUGUUGAGCAGGCUACAUCUUUGGGGAAUUGUUCCUUUUUUGAUUUUUCUCAAGCAAGAUUAGUCUAGGAUACUGCCAUGUCCUGACUCAAAUGAAAUGUCUUCUGAGAACCAUCGCAACAGACCAAGAACAGAACCACCUGAUUAGUUAGGAGUGUUCACAGCAGCUUAAUACGCCAGGUGAGAGCCUGGGGAAACAAGAUUCUUUCUUUGGGAGAACUUGGGGGUGGGGGGAGCAAUAUGGAAGAAAGAGGGGAGAGAGGUGCUUACCUGCUGGCUUUGGUUUGUAAGGUCUCUGGCCAAAUUGCCUGGGCCUAGACCCUCUCAUUUGCACAGUAAUGUAAACUGACCCGGCACUUCCUGAGAAGGCGAUUUUGACCUCAGACCUGCCAAGCAGCUGCAGGGUAGUGGGAUCCCAGCCUCCCAAAGCCUUGGAAGGCCAGGUGCCCUCUGUAAUCUAGAUCUUGGCCUCUGAGCCAUGAUGGACCCACUCUGAUGAGGAGCCACCUCCUGAUUAGAGUGGGAACCUGUGGCAUUUCUCUCCCUUCCUUCUGCCCUUCCCAGUGCCAGGACUCGCCCAUCUGUCCAUGGGGCUGGCAGGCAGGCCAGGCUCUUGGUUACCUUUGCCACUCAUGGCCAAAGUGAAGGAACCACAUUCCAGAUGGGUGCUGGCGGCUUUGAAGGUCAGAAUGGUGAAGGAAAAGCAAUAGCAAUAAACAUUUCAUAGACUCAUGGAACUGAAGGGACCUUAGCAAUCAUCUCAUCCAUUCCCCUAUUCAACAGAUGAGGAAGCUGAGGCCACGAGAAGAGGGAAGGACUUCCCUAGAUCUUGCAGUAAAUUAGCAUUAAAUGCAGCCUUCCUACCUAGGGGCAUGUUGCCUACAAAAAUUUACCUAGGGAUGGAUUGGCUUGGUUUUGCAAAAAUUAAGUCAGCGGUGCCCACAUCUGGUGAGCUCUGGAACAGUAUCUGUCUGCCUUUUUGUUCUCCUCCUCGGACUCCAGAGGCAGGGGUUGAAGCCUGGGCAGAGGUUACCUAGGGGCAGACGGCAGGAACAGAAAAUGUAAAUGAAGAAAUGGCAUUUGGAAAUUCUGUGACGACAUCAGGAGCUUUCUUCCUAUACCUGAAUCCAGCCCUAGGAGAACAAGCAGGUGGGCAGGCUGAAAAGGAGAGGCUGUGCUUUGAGGACAGUAGCUCCUCAUCCUCAGCGGGGAGGAGGACGAGGCUGAGGUCCAGGAGACACGAGAUCUCCUGGGAGAAGAGGGGUUCCUGGAUCAGGAGGUCCCCCUAGUCUUAGCCGGAGCCUGGUUCGUUCAGCACUGCCCCCCCCCCCGCCCAUACCCAGCGCUUGGCUGGGCCAGCAGCCCCCCAGUGGGGCCAGGGACAUUUUACUAUACAAAGUGGGAUCAUUGAUAACAUUUGGGACUUUUAAAUAACUUUUUUGAUUUAAAUUCAUGCAAACUUGGACGUAUCCCUACCCCUACCUCCCAUGACUCCCUAAAGGAGGAAAAAAAAUCAGGAACCCUUGGGCCAGAGGGACCUCAGAGGCUGCCUGGCCAUUCUGAGGAGGGCAAAGCCCCUCAGCUUCCUCAGCCCAGAGCCAGGAGUUGGGGGCCCACCUUCUUGGCCUUCCAGGGAUCUGUAGGACCAGUAAGGAGAAACCCAGCUAUUCUAAAUGGUCUGUUGAAGAAGUUUUCUUUUAAAACAAAGUUUUCCAGUAUUAAUCCAUUUUUUGCAAAUACCUCCUCCUACUCUUUGGUUUUGUAAGGGUGGACGAAGGUUGGUUUAGAUUAUGUCAUGUUUGGAAAAUGCCAAAAUAAUAAUAAGAGGAAACUUUUGCAUUUGUCAGGUGCUUCUUAGAUUUCAGAGCACUUCACAGCCUUUAAUUUACUGGCCCUGAGACAGAGAGAGACAGGAUCAAACAAGGAAACUGGUUCUGCAUGGAGAGGGAAUUUGCCCAAAGUGAGCAGAGUGCUGGUACGCCGACAGCCUCCCCUGAACGGUGCCACUUCUGGAUGGGCUGGAGUAGCGCCACAGAGAGGAAGGGAUAAAGAGGGAACUUAGGAAUGACCUUGCUAUUCUUAUUCUUUCCACGCCAGUAAGUAAAAACUAAUGUCUUGUACCUUGCAGUUCACAAAGCAAUUUCAUAGCCAUCCCCUGAUAUAACCCUGUGAAACGGAGUAUUCCUCCCAUUUGAUUCGUGAGGAAACAAACUCAGAAAACAGUGACUUGCUCCGAAGUGGCAGAGCCACUUGAAUCCCAGUCUGUCUGCUGUCUCUUUCCCUCCAGCCCGACUGCACACACAGCCUUGCAGACUGAAAUAUCUAUGAUCUCCACCCUUUCUUAGUCCUAGUAUGUAAUUCAAGAUCAAAGACAGGCCCCAGGGCAUAAACAAGCCUGUGGUCUGGGAGAGCCCCGGCCCAGCACCCCUUUUUCGGUAUGAGUGUUGGAGCCCCAGUUCGGCCGGCCUCACCCUCUUGCUUUGAUGGAGAUCCACGAGCCUGGCCAGGCUUGGGGAGCCAUUGCAGAGGGACUGAGCCGGGGAGCAGGGGCAGCACUGUGCUUUUGGUAGGAUGAGCACACCUGGUACUCUCACGGGUGUCUGUCAGGAGGUGCCAGGGGCACCAUCCAAAGAUACUGGGUGGCCCACUGGCCAGGCUGGACAGAAGAUCAGAGCUGGAAGGACCCUGUCAUUGUAGGAAGGCCAGCAAGCCAGAGAGGACAGGGGUGUGCCAACGUGGCGGUGAGCUGCAGUGCUGGUACCACAUGCCAGUCCCUCCCUACCCCCCUGCCUCUCCCCGGUACCACAGCUUGGUGGCCCAGGCUAGGGGCAUAUAGGUGGUUCCAGAGCCAACCCUCUUCAUUUCCCCCAUUUCUAUUUGACUCCCUCUCAGUCUGGGGCCUAGGAGGCUGUGGUGCCCCAAUGGUGAGAGCUUGAAACAAUCUGCCACAUUUUGGAAAAAAUAUUUAAAAUGUAUUCCCCACGAGACAGGACAGUUGCCACUGCUCGCUCUCUCUUUCUCUCUCUACUGGCAAUGACCCUAAAGUGAUGUUCUCUUCCCAUGCCUAAAUACUGAACAAGGACACACACCUGUCCAGAGUGUUUUUCAUGUACGAAAUACUUUGACAUUGAUUGCCAAAAUACCCAGUUUGCAGAUGGAAAAAACUAAGUCUCAGAGGCUUCAGAGACUUGCCAAAGGUCACAGGGCUCGUAAGAGAAAGAGCCAGCACUUGAACUCUUCAGAUCCUCUCCUCUCUGCUGGCACCUGCGGGGGCUGGGUGGCAGGUGCGAAGAAGGGAUGGGCUGCCCGUCUGCCCUGUGGGGAGGGCCGGGCCCUAGAGGCAGUGCCCAGUCCUUGCUCCUCACCCCAGCUCUUAUCUCUGGCCACCCAAACUGUUCUAAGUUCGAGGUCUCCCUGAUAUCCCUGAUGGGGGUGCUUCUCCAGAGGGGCUUGCUUUGUUCUGAGUGGCCUUGAGAAAUGAAUUGUGGGGCAUAAAGGAGGGCGGGCCUCUUGGUCACCAAGUUGUGUGUCAUUGUGCAGACUCAGCCAGAGUCUCAGCGAGGCCCUGGCUUAGCCAGGCCAGGAGCCCUGCAUGUCAGAGUCCUCAGCUCUGCUCCGUGGCCGGAGAUGGAGGGCCUGGAUGGCGUGUGUCUUGGUCUUGGUGUGGUCUUGGUCACAGCACUCUGACUAAAAUACUCAUUUAGAUGUUGCCAUGGCAUCUCACCUCAGUUGCAGCUGAGAGUACGUGCGGGCUCUGCUUUUCCAUUCUGCGUUCUGCCACAGCACUGUAGGGCACGUGGUGCCCAGCUGCUUGCCAAGCUGGGAAACCCGGAGCGGGGUCAGGCCAGGCGGUGGAGUGGGCAGGCGGGAAGCAGGCUCCAGGCAGCUGUGUAGCCCUUGGGGAGUCCAGGCCCGACCUGCCUCCAAAAGCAGGGUCGCAGGAGAGGGCACUCAGCCAGGCUAACAUCAGCAUCCACACCUGGGCCUCCUGAGCGCUCAGGCUCCCAUGGGGCAUGUCAGGCUGGCUGCAGGAUUUGCCCUUUACCUGUCUCUCCGUUCCCGGUCCUUAGAGAACGCAUUUCUGAAAUCAGGUCUUACCUGGUUCCAGGGCCCAGCCUUCAACACUCCUGCCAGGCCAGCCUCAACAUUCCAUAGCCAGCCUUGCCUGAGCCAGACUCGGUCCCACUCACUCAGUUUCAGUGGCUGUUUUCUAUCUUACGUGCUGUUGAGUGCAGCCCAGUGGCCAGCCAAGUGAGAAGCACAGGAAUUAGGACUGGUUGUCACAAGCCUGAAAGGAAGCUAGAGUUCCCGCUUUCCUGUGGCUGCAUCGCUAGUCCCCAGGCUCCUUGCUGUGGCAGCGAGACCCUGUCCCCAUUCCAGCACCUGGUGGAGGGCUGUCUUCCUUCCUGAAGAGAACAGAUGGAACAGCUUUGCAGCUAAGUACAAUACCAGCCCAUGGGAGUCAAAUGGGUGAAAUCAUCUUUGAGCCUGACCCCAGCAGACCAACAUCUUCAGGCUCCAGCCUUCCUCCUCAAGCCUGAGAACCGGGAAGUGGGGCUGCCCAGAGACCGCCUGCUCGGGUCAGCCAGGUUAUCUGCGUGUGUGGUGGGACUCAAGCUUCUCCUUACCAAGGGGAGGUAAGACCAGGCCUCUAGCAACUUGAAGUUGUCUGUAACGACCUUUAAAGGCCCAGAGGCCUGUCCCCAUCUCCUGACUAAAAGGCAUCUGCACCCGUUUCAUAUCAUAUGACAGAAACCUGUUCUUAUGGCAUGUAACAUCCCUGUGAGAGAGUGUUGUAUAUGGGUUUGUAUUUUUUAAUUCAUUUUAAUCUACAGGUUGGAAUCUAAUUUUUAAAUUUUAUUGGAAUUUACAUUUUAAAAGCAAAAACAUUUAAAAUAAUAAUAAACCUUUGACCAGUGUCUUCCAAGUAGUUUGAUCAAAGAACUUAUAGGUGUUUUUAAAACACAGCCUGGAGUGCAAAGAUUGGAAAGCCCCAUGGCCUCGCUUGUGUAUAUGAAGUGUAAAUUUGGUUUUGUUUUGUUGUUUUGGAUUCUUUUGGGUUUUGUUUCAUUUUGUUUUGAAGAUCAGAUAGUGAUCACUCUGAAAGAUUGAAGCCAAGAAUUUGUAACUAUGAUAUUUACUGUAAGCUGUAGAACAUUCAAUAACUAUUAAAAAAAAAAAAAGUUUCCAAAAAAAUAAAAGUCUGGG